AUAGUCAAGGGCGGAUCCUCCAAGGUGUACAAGAGCAAGGUGACCAUUGGCGGCGAGGAUAUCGUCUGUGCACUCAAGGAUGUGCGUCAAGACCGCGAGAAACUCGAGCGAGAAGCCUACAUGCUUGAGAGGUGUCGGCAUGAGCAUGUGGUGAAGUGCUACGGGAUCAUCGCGCUCAAGGGCGACAUCCCCCAACAAGUCCUCGUGCUCGAGUACAUCGACUUCACGUUGGCGGAAGAGGGCAGCGGCAAGGGGCCGAGCGGCCGGGAGAUCUUCUGGAGGGAAGCGGUCAAGUCGGUCUCAGCUCUUGCUCGUGCCGUACGACACGUGCACCAAAUGCAGGUGCUCCACCGAGACAUCAAGCCCGCCAACGUGCUGGUGAGCAAGCAGGGCGACGUCAAGCUCGCAGACUUCGGGGAGAGUCUCCUCUCAGACGAUAGCGAGAUCGCUCACAUCGUCGGAACGAAAGGCUACGUCGCACCGGAGCUG